CAAAUAGGCUGAGUAGGGAAGUCUAUCUCGCUAGCUACUGCUAAGCCUGCGUAUAUCUUCACAUGUAACCAAGAUAUAUUCGACUACUACUACUUGCAUUGCGUGUCAAUGAUAUAGAUCUAGAUCUAAAUCUAUACUAAAAAUAAAAUAUCACUCCGCCAAAAGCGGAAGUAGUUUACAUCGCCAUUGCUGAAAAAAAUCAACUUAAGGUAGCACAUCAAUCGACUUCCUAAGCUGAAUUCACAACUUUAAUUAAGGUAUUAAGAUGGCAGAGCUAGAGAAAACAGAGCCAGAGGUGGAUCAUGAUGAGGAAGACAAUCCUAACUACAAGCCCCCUGCACCCAAAGCCUUAGAUGAAAUUGUCCAGGCAGAUGCUGAAGAUGAAAGUCUUAGGAAGUAUAAAGAAACUUUGAUUGGGGCAGGCCUCCAAGGACAGAGAAUAGUUGAUGAAAGUAACCCAAACAAGGUUAUUAUACAGAAACUGUCUCUGCUAGCUGAAGGCAGGGAUGAGAUAUCUAUUGAUCUCACAUUGCCUAAAGAGGAAAUUAAAAAGCAAUGUUUCACUUUGAAAGAGGGCUGCAAAUAUCAGAUUAAAAUUUACUUCUUUGUGCAAAGAGAUAUUGUUUCUGGACUAAGAUAUGAGCAUAAGGUGUACAGAAAAGGGAUUCAAGUGGACAAGAUGAAGCAGAUGAUGGGGAGCUAUGGACCAAAACCAGAUCUUCAGUCUUUUACUACACAGCAAGAAGAUGCCCCUUCUGGUCUUUUAAUGAGAGGAGAGUACAAGAUAAAAUCUGUGUUUGUUGAUGAUGACCAAAAUAAAUAUGAAGCUUGGGAAUGGCACCUUGAUGUUAAGAAAGACUGGUGAUAAGCAUGCCAGAUGCUAGAUAUAUUAGGUUCAUUAAUAAUAAUAAUAUGUUCUCUGUAUGAAAUAUUGAGCUUCCAGACCAUAGGGAAUAUUUUAAAGUUUUAAGAACUCAUUAUGUAAUAGUUAAAAUUUCAAAACUGUAUUCAGAAAUGAUAAGUCUGAGUAGUCACAUUAUUUAUAACUUACAUAAUCUUAAUUCAGCUGAUUGUAGUCAUGACAGCAAUGGGUUCCUCUGUAUUUAUGUCAUACGUUAUUGUAAAUUUGAUGCCAAGAUAAGUCGUUUUUAAUGUUACCACCUGCUGUGAAUGAGUUUUCUAGUACGGUAUACAUAACUGUGGUUAGCUUUUGUAUUUUGUUCUAUUCUUCAAGCCCAAAUCUAGAUAUUAAACUUGCCAGUAUCUUGUUUUACUUAACCAUCAUUUAAUUUAAUCACUGAUAGGUAUUCAAACUAUUUGUCUGAACCUCGUAAUAUAGGCUUGAGGUUGUGUGUAGUUGGACCAUAUCACACUGUCCAACACUCCACUCUGGCAGUAAUGUUUUUCUAAGCUUUCUGUAACAACUUUAAUGAAGCUCUCUGAUAUACUUUGCAUUCCAGUACCUUUACACUUAAAACUUCAUUAUCCUGCUUUGGAAAGAAUCUUGAUACAAUAAAAAUAAAAUUGAAAGCAAUAUUCAUAUGAGGUUGUAAAUAAUUCAGCUUGAAUCACAGCAUGAAUUAUAUUCUAAUAAAAGGCUUAAAGAGUUGAACUGACACCCGCCUAGGCAAUAAAUAUUUCAUGUUCAUGGAAAGAAAAUGGUUUAGAUGUUUGUGUAAUUAUUUCUUGUCACUAUUGGCUAAAUAUUUUCUUAAACAAAAUCUUGCAUUUAUCAAGGGGUUUUGUUUCAUUAGAGAAUCAGUAUUUUUUGUUUCGUUUUAAAACUGUAAAAUUUUAUACCCAUUUCAUGUAGUUUAAAGUUUGCUUUUUUUUAGUUACAUACAAUUAGUUUUUCAAAGCAUGUACAAUGUGAACAAAUUCUUUUAAGAUGCUGUUUAUAUACAGAAUAUUCUUAUUUCCAAAGUUUUGUCCUCUUCUGUAUAAAUGUAUCUACUAUUUAAUCAUCCAAUACCUAAGCGUAGCACAGAUUGGUUAGUAUUUAACUUUUUUCUUCAAAAAAUAUAGUCUAUAUAUUUGGCUUCAGGCACUUUCUUCUAUUUGCUGCUAACCUGUGCCUUUGUUAUAUGUUUAUUUUUCUUUAUUGAAAAAUAAAACUUGCAUAAAUGACACUUUAUCGCUAAAAUUGCAGCACUGUGAUGCAUCAUGUUUAUGCUGAAUAUUUUUUGGAGGAUACCAACUUUACUGCUGUGCCUGCAUCACAUUUCUUUAUGUAAAACUACUGUUUCACUGUCACUAAAUUUCUUUAUCAUUAAACUUUUGAUUUUUUUUUUAACAAAAACUGUUAGUAGUUAAGAGUUUGAAUUCAUUAGAAAAGUAUUCAUUUUUAAAUUUAAGUUUUCAAAUAGUCUGAAUUGGUAUUGGUCCUAUGCAAGUGAAUUUAGUUUUGCUUCAGUCAUGUUCAAGUGCAUGAAUCAGGUUUCUGAUCUUUUUAAAUGUAAUCUUCAACUGUUGAAUAAAACUUUUUUAUUAUCUAAUUCUUU